AUGGCCAGGCUCGCCCGAUUGAUAGCGGUGGCGGCGGCGGCGGCGACGGCGGCAGGCGUCACUGCCGCCGGGGACGAGUCCAUCUUGACGAGCGAGAUCGGUCGACUCAACAACCAGAGCCUGCUAUGGGGUCCUUACAAGCCGAACCUGUACUUUGGCAUGCGUCCCAGACUGCCUCAAGGCCUCAUGGCGGUGCUCAUGUGGGGACGCAUCAACAACCAUGCCGACAUAAACGAAGGUAUACGCUACACGUGCGAGCAGAACGACGGCAUGCACGGUUACGGCUGGGACGAGUACGAUGCUCGAGACGGCGGCGUUCAGACGAUCCACGACGACGCCAACAUGAUCGACAUGACGACGUCUCUCGUCAAGAUUCCAGGGGGCAACCACGGAGGCAGCUGGGCUGUGCGAGUCAAGGGAAAGCUCAUGAAGAACGCGGCCAAGGACCACAAGACGGCCAUCUACUUGUACAUUGCGCAGGAGGCGGCCGGCGAGCUCAACGUCAUCGGCACCGGCACCGAGUUCGGCUUCGAGGGGGACGUGAGGUUGGAUGGCAAGACGGAGGCUCUCGGCAACUAUCAGAUUCUCGUCACCAAGGGCAAUGGGAAGCACCCGACGAGCGACCACCCGGCCACGCUCCUGAAGCGCCUCGACACGACGGUGGUGGCGAGCGAGACGUACCCAAACAACCUGCUCUGGCAGGCUCGGCCCCUUCUCUACCGAGAGCUGCAGAAGCCGGCCAAGCAUUUCGAGGAAACGUACGGCAGCGAGGACCUGCCCCCGGCAUCCCAAAUGUACCGAAUCAACCACACGCCUGGGCGGGCCAACACGCACAUGGUGCAGAAGACGUUUGAGGGUGAUUUCCAGUUCGACCUCGUCUUCAUGUCGGCUUCGAUGGGCAGGAACAUCACCUCCAAGGACGUCACGCGGGAAAUCAAGCGGACGUCGGAGUCGUUCGGGGAGCGCUUCUCGUCCGUCUUCGACUUCCAGGCCCCCUUCAAGGCGGCCAAGUACCAGCAGUUCGGGAAGAGCAUGUUCUCCAACCUCCUCGGCGGCGUAGGCUACUUCCACGGCGACCAGGUGAUCGACCGUUCCUACGCGGCCGAGUACGAGGAGGAAGAUGAGAAUUUCUGGGUCGACGCGGCCGAGGCUCGGGCGCGCGGCCAUCAGAAAGCCGAGGGACCGUUCGAGCUCUUCACGAGCAUCCCGUCGCGGCCCUUCUUCCCCCGCGGCUUCCUCUGGGACGAAGGGUUCCACCUGAUGCCCAUCGCCGACUGGGACAUGGACUUGGCGCUCGAGAUCGUCAAGAGCUGGUACAACACCAUGGACGCCGACGGCUGGAUCCCUCGGGAGCAGAUCCUCGGCGACGAAGCGCGGGGCAAGGUGCCCGAGGAAUUUCAGGUGCAGUAUCCGCACUACGCCAACCCGCCGACGCUCUUCCUCGUCAUCGAGGACUUCAUGGAGCGCCUGCGCAAGUCCAACGGCAGCGGGCCGGCGCCGAAGGAGAAGCUGUCGCAGGACGAGACGCUGCACUCGGCCCACCUGGACAUCAGCGAGCUCGGGGAGGAGUACGUGCGGAAGCUGUACCCGCUUCUCCGACGGCAGUACGACUGGUUCCGGAAGACGCAAAGCGGCGACGUCAAGUCGUACGAGCGGGAGGCGCGCUCGGCCAAGGAGGUGUACCGCUGGCGAGGCCGGACGGAGACGCACUGCCUCACGAGCGGGCUCGACGACUACCCUCGGGCGCAGCCGCCGCACCCGGGCGAGCUGCACGUCGACCUGCUGUCGUGGGUCGGGCUCAUGACGAAGUCGCUGAUGAACAUUGCCGACUCGAUCGGCUUGACGAGCGACGUGGCCGAGCUGGCCAAGAACCUCGAGGGCAUCGAGGGCAACCUCGUGGACCUGCACUGGUCCGAGAAGGACGGCUGCUUCUGCGACGCGACGAUUGACGAAUUCGAGGAGAACAAGCUCGUCUGCCACAAGGGCUACAUCUCGCUCUUCCCCUUCCUCGUCGGCCUCCUCCGGCCGGACGACGCGAAGGUGGGCCGGAUGCUCGACCUCAUGGGCGACGAGAACGAGCUCUGGAGCGGCCACGGCCUGCGCAGCCUGAGCCGGGGGGAUGAGUUUUACGGCACCGGCGAGAACUACUGGCGCGGUCCCGUGUGGAUGCCGUUCAACUACAUGGCGGUGACGCAGCUCUACCGGCUCGCGAAGCAACCCGGACCAUUCUCGGACCGCGCGCGCGACAUGUACACGAGGCUGCGCAAGGACCUCGUGGAGACGGUGUACGAGAGCUGGAAGGAGACGGGCUUCGCCUGGGAGCAGUACAACCCGGAGACGGGGGCCGGGCAGCGAACGCAGCACUUUACGGGCUGGACAAGUCUCGUGGUGAAGCUCAUGGCGAUGGAGGAUCUCUCGGGGCAGCACGAGCGGGACGAGCUGUAG